GCGAUUGAAGUUCCCUUCGUCAAUUCUUGUUUAACAUCCAAGCGAAGUAGAAGCAGACGGCGCGAGCAGAACAUCGCGAGAAAUUCGUUCCAAGUUUAAUUCAGUGACUAGAAAAGUGAUCAAACACAUUAUAACUAAAGAUGGCAGCAAAAGCACCAGCAGUUGGUAUUGAUCUGGGCACGACCUACAGCUGUGUCGGAGUUUUCCAGCACGGUAAAGUAGAAAUCAUCGCCAAUGACCAGGGUAACCGAACCACGCCAUCGUAUGUGGCCUUCACUGACACGGAGCGUCUGAUUGGUGAUGCUGCCAAGAACCAGGUUGCCAUGAACCCGACCAACACGAUCUUCGAUGCCAAGCGUCUGAUUGGUCGCAAGUUUGACGAUCCCGCCAUCCAGGCUGACAUGAAGCAUUGGCCGUUCGAGGUGGAAUCGAUCGAGGGCAAACCAAAGAUUGCGGUCGAGUACAAGGGCGAGAAGAAAUCGUUCUUCCCGGAGGAGGUCAGCUCGAUGGUGCUGACCAAGAUGAAGGAAACGGCCGAAGCAUACCUGGGCAAGACUGUGACGAAUGCCGUCAUUACCGUGCCAGCCUACUUCAACGAUUCGCAGCGCCAGGCGACGAAGGAUGCCGGAACCAUUUCAGGAUUGAACGUGCUGCGUAUCAUCAACGAGCCGACCGCGGCCGCCAUCGCCUACGGUCUGGACAAGAAGACAGCCGGUGAGCGCAACGUGCUGAUCUUCGAUCUGGGCGGCGGUACCUUCGAUGUGUCGAUCCUGUCCAUCGACGAUGGCAUCUUCGAAGUCAAGUCGACUGCCGGAGACACCCAUCUGGGUGGUGAGGACUUCGACAACCGUCUGGUUAACCACUUCGCUCAGGAAUUCAAGCGCAAACACAAGAAAGAUCUGUCCACCAACAAGCGUGCCCUGCGUCGUCUGCGCACGGCAUGCGAGCGCGCGAAGCGCACGCUGUCCUCGUCGACGCAGGCCAGCAUUGAGAUCGAUUCGCUGUUCGAGGGAACCGAUUUCUAUACCUCGAUCACGCGUGCCCGCUUCGAGGAGCUGAACGCCGACCUGUUCCGUUCGACGAUGGAACCAGUCGAGAAGGCGCUGCGUGACGCCAAGAUGGACAAGGCCAGCAUCCACGACAUUGUGCUGGUUGGUGGAUCGACCCGUAUCCCCAAGGUGCAGAAGCUCCUGCAGGACUUCUUCAACGGCAAGGAGUUGAACAAGUCUAUCAACCCGGACGAGGCCGUCGCAUACGGUGCCGCCGUCCAGGCCGCCAUCCUGCACGGUGACAAGUCGGAGGAGGUGCAGGAUCUGCUGCUGCUCGACGUGACGCCGCUGUCGCUCGGUAUCGAGACCGCGGGUGGUGUGAUGUCGGUGCUGAUCAAGCGUAACACGACCAUCCCGACGAAGCAGACGCAGACGUUCACCACGUACUCGGACAACCAGCCCGGUGUGCUGAUCCAGGUGUUCGAGGGCGAGCGUGCCAUGACGAAGGACAACAAUCUGCUCGGCAAGUUCGAGCUGAGCGGCAUCCCGCCGGCACCGCGCGGUGUGCCCCAGAUCGAGGUGACGUUCGAUAUUGAUGCCAACGGUAUCCUGAACGUGACGGCGCUCGAGAAGUCGACGAACAAGGAGAACAAGAUCACCAUCACGAACGACAAGGGCCGCCUGAGCAAGGAAGACAUCGAGCGCAUGGUGAACGAGGCCGAGAAGUAUCGCAGCGAGGACGAGAAGCAGAAGGAAACCAUCUCCGCGAAGAAUGCGCUAGAGUCGUACUGCUUCAACAUGAAGGCCACCAUGGAGGAUGAGAAGCUGAAGGAAAAGAUGUCGGACAGCGACAAGACCCUGGUGUUGGACAAGUGCAACGACACGAUCAAGUGGCUCGAUGCGAACCAGCUGGCCGACAAGGAGGAGUAUGAGCACCGCCAGAAGGAGCUGGAGUCGGUGUGCAACCCGAUCAUCAGCAAGCUGUACCAGGGUGCUGGUGGCGCUCCGGGUGGCAUGCCAUUCCCGGGUGGUGCUCCGGGAGCUGGAGCUGCCGGUGGUGCCGCUGGCGGUGCCGGAUCCGGUUCCGGACCGACCAUCGAGGAGGUUGACUAAAUCAUUCUCACAUUCCAACGGAUGAUGGCGCGUACUAAACAAGAGAUAGGGACGAUCUAAAAAUAAACAUGCUGCUGGCGCCACCAAAAACCGUCCCCUUGUUUGCAAAUCUACGAUCUUCUGCUUAUCCUGGGACAAAUGAUCAUCAUUGGUCCUGCUACUACCACCACCACCACCACACAUAUGCUGCUUGAUAGCGCAUGCUUUUCUGCCGUUCAGUUCUAAUUUCAUACACUCCUUUCUGAACUCUCGACUAUUACCCCUGCCAUCCUCAAAGCCAGCAGAGCAGAACCACAGCCAUUUAUCAUUGUGAUUACGGAGGAAAAAACACUUGAAAAAUUGCGAUACGCGUGACACGCCGAGCAGACGACAAGUAUUUUACGUUAGUGUUGAAUGUUAAAUCUUUUUGUAUCAUCAUUACAAUCCGCCUGCGGGGCGAGGUGUCGGAAUAUGAAUAUGUGAAGUACCCGUAAAGAUUAAUGCGACAUAAUUGCACUAACUUGUUCUCUCGCUAGCGAUGAAAUGUGCUGAACAAAAAAUAAUAAACGAAAAAUAGGCCAAAUAAAGAAACACGCUAAAGAGCUCUGUACGUCUCCGACAACCAAGAUCAUGAUUGGAGCGAAAUUAGAAAA